CGCCCCGUGACCCCAGCUUGAGGUGACGGCGGGAGCCAAGGCUGGGGCCCAAAAGCACUGAGGCUGAGGGACCCGCCACGGCUCCGUCGUCCGAGAGGCAGGGCCUGUUGCCGUCGGACAGAGCCCUGGACUCUCAGGUUCCUGGCCAGGGAGGUGGAGGAAAAGGAGAGACCUAUCUGCCAGGGAGAAUGUGGCCUGAGGGUCAGGCUUCUGGUCCUGGGAUGCCCCAGCCCAAGCCCAGUGAGCAGGAGGGGGAGAGCAUGAAGGCCGGCCAGGAGCCAACUCCCCAGCCUGGCACAGAUGUGGUCCCAGCAGCCCCCAGGAAGCCCAGAAAAUGCUCCAAACUGGUCCUGCUGACAGCCUCCAAAGACAGCGCCAAAGUGGCUGGGGCCAAGCGCAAAGGAGUGCACUGCAUCAUGUCCCUGGGGGUGCCAGGCCCUGCUACCCUGGCCAAGGCCCUCCUCAAGACUCAUCCUGAGGCUCAACGAGCCAUUGAAGCAGCCCCCCAGGAGCCUGAGCAGAAGCGCAGCAAGCUGGAUCCGGAUACAGGUGGCCCAGAAGACAACGGAUGGUCUGGGGUGUCUUCUUCAAGUCCUGAGAAGGAGACCACUAUGCUUCCCAAGGCACCCAGCACUUCCCCAUAACCUUGGCAACUGCUGCAGCAUGGGCUGCUCACUGUAUCAGCUACUUUUAUAAGCAAGAAGGAAAAAAUAAGAGAGAAAAUAAAAUAAGCUGUAUGCUAUUUC